GACGAGGAUUUGCAUUUCGGAGAAAACAAAAGAUUGAAAGACAAUACAGGAAAUUAUUGAAAAAGGGAAGAAAGUUCCAUUCACAACAGGAUGAUCAGUUUACUGAUACUUAUCCGGAGCACUUGAAACAUCUUUACCUGGCUGAGGAAGAAAUGCUUAAGAAACGACGCAGAGCUCCAGAUGAUUCAGUUUUAUCAGAAGAGAGACCUAAUAAAGCAGUAGAGUCAGUUAUGACUGAAGGGAAGUUUAAGAGGAAAACAUCCAAUCAGAAGGCAAAAGAAGAGUAUGAGAGAAUAAAGGCUGAGCGUGCUAGAAAGAAAGAGGAAGCAGAAAAAAGAAAACAACAAAGAGAAGCAGCUCAAAGGUUGUACAAGCAAAAGAAAAUGGAAGCUUAUAAAAUAUUGAGUAAGAAGACAAAAAGAGGACAGCCAAAUCUAAACUUACAAAUGGAGUUUCUUCUUCAGAAAAUAGAGCAAAAUACAUAAACCUCUGCAUACCUCUUAAUUACAGGUUUUGAGUUACCUGUGGACAUUUUAUUAAAUUACUUUUAAUAAAUAAUGGUUUUUUGCUUCUGUAUGACUUUUGUCAUUGGCUUGAUUUAGCUCAUCAGUCCAAUACUGGCGGAUAUUCAUCCUGAAAAUACGUAUUUUAUGCCGGGAGUGAGAGAGAUCUGGUACCUUGAAAAUAAACGUAUUUCUAAACUUAAA